AUGAGCUGUUUAUUCGCUUUUCUCCUGAGCAGCGUGGGCCGUCUAGUACUUGUGGGCCAAGAUCAAAACUUUAAUCAUUACAGUGUCCAUGAUAAUCUCAAUAGAAAACAGUUUCCAGUGCCAAGAGAAAAUUCAGAUAUCAUUCAUUACUCAACUUUAGUCAAACCUGACGGUACAUACCACGCAAUGUACUGUUCAUUUCAAAAAUCAGCAGAUGAAAUAUUGCUCGAGCUAACUAGGAAAAGACCCAAAUUAAUUUACAAGCCUAAUACUGCUGUCGCUCCUGUCGAUAGAAAUGAAAAAAUCUGUCUGAAUUAUAUCGAAACAAUUCCCCAAGAACUUUCAAACCCCCUCAUGUCGGUGCUCACGAGAGGAAAUAAUUGUUCAACUAAAGUCAUUGCUGGACUAGCAAAUAAAAGAAAGAUUCAAGUAGUCGGAACCUAUCGACACUUUGCCCCACAACUGAAAACAAACGUCCCUCUUAUCGAGGCCGAUAAGCCCGUCAUGAUGAGUGACCUUCUAACCAAAUAUUCCUUCUAUCUCAGUAAAAAUGUAAAUCUUAGAUUCAAACUUCUGCUAUGGUACCAAGGCAAUCUGCAUUGCUUCAGCGAAGAAAGAGUGUCUGAAGAGAGUCUCAAAUUUGAUAUUAAUUCGCCAUCCGUGGCACCGAAAUUUAUAGAAAAAGUUCACUGGUUUCUUGAAACUAAUAUUGACGAUUUGGCGAAAAAAAGACACAAUCUUAUCAACUUUUUGGUCCAUUACGCUGGAUGCAUCAGUAAACUCCAGGCCGAUUUUAGGUACAUUACUGGUCAAUUUCAAUACAGAUCUCCAGUUGAGCAUAGAUGGAACUUGAGCAAAGAUUUACUACUGAAAACCAAAUUCAAGCAAGACCUUGAAGCCUGCUAUAGAGCUGUUGGGAACAAGCUAGACGCGUCACAACCAUGGGGCCAGUUCGGUCAUUAA